AUGGAUGCAGCGGCAGGUAAUUGUGACGUCAUACAGAUGUCACGUGAUACGAGCCGCAUUCGACCGACUCAGACUCAAGGUCAUUCCCGCUCUUCCUGGCUGCGCUUUGCAUUUGUGAUGGAGAAAUUUUUGAAAAGAAAAAAUGCGGACAUUGUACUGGACCCUGGACAAAAUCCGGGCCCUAGUAUGAGUGGAGGUGAAAAGAAAGCAAAGACAAGACAAUACAACGAAAACUAUCUUUCAUUUGGAUUUACUUGUACCGGAGAUGCAACGGCACCGACUCCAUUGUGCUUGGUAUGUGGUGAAACGCUCUCCAACGGUGCUAUGGUUCCAAGCAAGCUCAAACGACAUCUUGAAACUAAACACCCUUUACUUCAGAACAAAAAUGUGGAUUAUUUUGUUCGCCUGCGUGAUCAGACAAAGAAACAGGCCACUUUCAUGAGAAAAACCGCAAAGGUAAACGCGAAAGCCCUUAAAGCUAGCUAUCACGUAGCUGAACUUGUGGCUAAAUCAAAAAAGUCACACACUGUGGCAGAGCAAUUAAUACUUCCCGCCUGCAAAGUCAUUGUAACUGAAAUGCUCGGGCCAGAAGCGACCAAAGAAAUAGCCAGAGUCCCUCUUUCGGAUAACACAAUUUCCAGACGCAUCAAUGAGAUGUCUGCAGACAUAGAAAGUGUUGUUUUGGACAAGAUCCGUAUCGGUAAUAAAUUCGCUUUGCAACUUGAUGAGUCUACUGAUAUUAGUGGGCAUGCUCAACUCUUGGCUAAUGUGAGGUUUGUGGAUGGAGACACAAUCAGAGAAAACUUUCUAUUUUGCAAGGCUUUGCCAGAAAAAACAACGGGAGAGGAAAUUUUUCGCGUUGCAUCAGAAUAUCUAGAAAAAGGAAAACUUACGUGGGAAAACUGCACGAGUGUCUGCACUGAUGGAGCUGCAGCCAUGGUUGGGCGCACCAAAGGUUUUGUAAGCAGAGUGAAGGAGAAAAACCCAGAUGUGAUCAUAACUCACUGUUUCUUACACCGCGAAGCCCUCGUAGGCAAGACUUUACCGGCAGACCUCGUUCCUGUGAUGGAUGAUGUUGUGCGUAUGGUAAACUUUGUAAAGUCACGACCUCUGAAAACUCGCAUAUUUGCGGCUUUGUGUGAAGAAAUGGGAGCGGAGCAUAAAGCCUUGCUGUUUCAUACGGAGGUCCGAUGGUUGUCGCGCGGCAAGGUGCUGACCCGUGUGUAUGAGCUACGAGAGGAACUUAAAGUGUUUCUGACGAACGAGGGGUGCGAGUACACGAAGCUGCUUGCAAGUGAAGAGUGUUGUGCAAGACUGGCAUACCUGGCAGAUAUUUUUUAUUAUCUGAAUGAACUGAACACACGAAUGCAAGGCCGAAAUGAAAACCUACUUACAAGCACAGAUAAAAUAAAUGGAUUCCGUUCCAAGGUGCAACUCUGGCAGCGACAUGUGGGAAAUGGCAAUCUUGAAAUGUUCCCACUCACCAAUAAAUGUCAAGGUGUUAAUACUGCUGCACUGUGUGAGGUAAUAGUUAAACAUUUGAAAAUCCUUGAGCAGAAGAUAUCAUUUUAUUUCUCUUCAGUCACCACAGAGUACCUUGACUGGGUUAGGGAUCCAUUCAGCUCAGCAUUAGCUUUUGGAAUGGACAUGACUUUGCAGGAGCAGGAGGAACUAACUGAACUGAAACAAGAUCGUUGUCUCAAGCUAAGCUUUGCUGAUCUACCUUUGGACAGUUUCUGGUUGGCAGCUGCCAAGGAGUUCUCCAUGCUGGCCCACAAAGCUAUUUUGACAUUGCUCCCAUUUUCCACAACAUAUCUGUGUGAGGUGAGCUUUUCAAGCCUGACUGCUAUAAAAACUAAAAACAGAGAAAGACUUAGAGCUGAUGAUGAAGAGCUUCGUGUGUGCCUUUCAUCGAUUCCUGCCAGGAUAUCUGCUCUGUCUUCAUCCAAACAGCCCCUGGUUUCACACUGA